AUAAUAGUUCGGAUCUGCAUUUAGAUAAUAGUUUGGAUUUGCAUUUAGAUAAUAGUUCGGAUUUGCAUUUAGAUAAUAGUUCGGAUUUGCAUUUAAAUAAUAGUUCGGAUCUGCAUUUGGAACUACAAGCAAAGGUUAUUAUUAAUAUUGAAAGUUCUAUAUCGAC